AUGGCGCCAAACACCAAGUCGAUUGAACAGCCGCUGAUCUCUAAGGCUAAAAUUUCCGGGAAGGGCCCGGAUGGGUUUGCGAUUGAAGAGUCCCUGCUUGAGAGAGGCCAUUCCAGAAGGAUGGGGCAUCUGGAGAACUAUUUUGCGAUUAUGCAAAGACAGAAGCUUUACACCAAUUUCAACAUGUAUGGUGAGCUUAACAAAGAAGUUACCCGUGAGCAAUUGGCUGUUGCGAUUCGCCAAAUUCUGCUGAGACAUCCCAUAAUGAUGCAAGCUAUCAUUCCUAAGAAGUUCCCAGAGCAUGAGGAGUACUACACCAGCGAUGAUUAUUACAACACUCCGUUCCCUGAGAACGACUUUUUAAGGGUAAUCACCAGCAAGAUCAAGCUGAGCGAUAUCAUAAUCAAUGAGCAAAGCGAGGACUACGGUGAGAUUAUAGACAUGAUCCUUUCGGAGUACAAGAAGAACGGUUACAAGUUUGACGCGUACAUGCAGGAGCUCAUUGGGAACAUUGUUAUUCCUAUCGGCAACCCAAACAAGCCUAACUGGAGGCUGCUGUGUCUGCCAAGUGCUGAGGGAGGCGGGGCCCAGUGGAAGAAGUUUGUGUAUAUAAGCAACCACUGCUGCUCGGACGCCAUCAGCGCUGUGAACCUGUUCCAGGACAUUGCGGAGAAUGUGUCUCUUAUAGAGCAGAACUCCUGGGCGGUUCCGUAUGCGGAUGAUGUGAUUGUGGACUAUGAGCAGGACGUUGCGGACAUCGCCAAGCUGCCGGCUCCGAUCACUGAGAGGGUUGAGUACAGGCCGCCCUUGAGCAAGCUGCCCAAGAUCAUGCUGGUGUCGUUCCUGAAGACCGCGCUGAACUUCAAGAGUGAUGCGCUGGAGACGCGCUGCAACGACGAGUACAGCGGCGAGCCCGAGACCAGCGCUGUGCAGAUGGGGGAUGUGUGCUACGACUCCAUCCUGAACUACACGUGUGAGGAAGUAGCGGUCAUCAGGGACAGGAUCAAGCACAACGUGCACGGCAAGUGUACGGUGACGCCGUUCAUCCAGGCGGCGUUCUUCGUGGCGAUGCACCAGUCGCGGAAGCUGCUGGGCCAGAAGCAAGGGUUCAAGGAGUGGAUGAGCGAGUGGGGGGUGGACAUGGCCACGCCCAGCAGCACGAGGCGGUACCUGCCAGAGGACCCCGAGGUGCGUGACAUGUACAAGUACGGCUCCAACGUCGGCGGCAUACACUACCUGUACAUGAUCUCGGGUAUGAAGGUCGAGCGCGAGGAGACGGAGAAGUUCUGGAGCCUCGUGGAGUACUACCACGACAUUCUACUCGCGUCGCACAGCAACGGUGACCAGACCGUGGGGCUGGGCACGCUGAUGCUGGACGUGAUCGUGGACAAGAAGAACGUCGACAAGCUGAUCCGGGACGAGUACCUGUACCAGAAGCGAGGCGGUGUCAUCAUGAGCAAUGCGGGGUACUUCCACCAGGACCCCGCGCAAGCCUACCACGUCACCGACCUGGUCUUUGGGCAGAGACCCGGCGCGCUGAAGUUCAGCUUCGGCGUGAACGUGGUGUCGACGAACAUCGGCGGCAUGAACCUAAACGUCGGCAUGGUGCGCCGCACGCUGAGGGACCGCGCCGAGUUCCGCGAGUUCAUCGGGAUCCUCGACAGAGUGAUCCGCGACUUCACGGGGCUGAACUAG